GUGGAUCCCAAUAGGAGGUUGGAGGUAGCAAGAGAUGCUGAUUGAGAUGUUGCUCAAGAGUGCCUUGUUGAUCAACACCAUCUUAUUAAUUGGAGAUUACAUGCAUUCGAGUGAUGAUGAUUUUGAUGUUUCCCAACAAGUGGUGAAUCGUGGGAACCCAAGGAACACCAGGGGACGUGGAUGUGGCUAUGUUAAAGCAUUUGGAGGUGGCUAUGGAAGAGGACAUCGAGAGAAUUACUAUGAACCAGAAGGCUUUCGUCUGAGAGUUGACCUUUCUACUUUUGAUGAUUCUCUUGAUAUUAAGGGAUUUUUAGACUGGUUGUCAGAAGUAGAUUGGUUCUUUAAUUACAUGGACACUUCAAAAGAAAAGAAAGUGAAGUUGGUAGCAUAUCAGUUAAAAGGAGGUUAUAGUGCUUCUAGCUCAAAGUUUGAAGAUGACCUUGCCCACCCUACACAAAAUAUAUCGGCAAUAGACAAGCCAACAUUGAGGAACACAAGCAAGAAAGCAAUAGAAGAAGCUGAAGCUUAUAAGGUGUCAAAUUCCAACCUGUAUGCACGACCAAUCAAUGGAAAGUGUUACAAGUGUAAUCAACCGGGGCAUAGAUCGAGUGAUUGUCCUCUUCACAAGAAAGUGGCUUUGAUUGGGCAAGGAGAUGAUGUUAAUGAAGUUCUUUAUGACCCAAAUGAUGAUGGAGAUUAUGAGGAAGAUGAACACGGGCAAACUUAUGUGAUAAGGAGGACCAUGUUGUCACCAAAGGUAGAGGAGAACACCCAACGGUGUUAAUCAUUCCAGACAAGAUGUGAGGUCCAAGCAAAAAUGUUUGAUUUAAUUAUAGACAAUGGGAGUCAAGAGAAUAUAACUGGGAAGGAAGCCAUUGAAAAGUUGCAACUAGAAGUCGAGAAGCACCUGAGUUCCUACACAAUUGGAUGGAUCAAGUCUAGAGAUGAAAUAAAGGUGAUAGAGCAGU